GGUUUAUGUCAAAGAGUGUAAAAAAAAAGAAUUUUAAGCUGGAACGCUCAACCCUGGCUGAGAAUUGGCACUACCUGUGAUUAACUAAAAAAAAAAAAAAAAAGUCCGAUCUCAAUCUCUAUGAUUUAGAAUUUUAGGUGUACCUAUGUUUAGCAAUCUGUGUUUCAAAAUCUUCAUAUCUGGUUUCAAAGGACGGCAGAGUUGAGAGCUACGGAUCUGAAAUUAUAUUUUUCUCAUUGAUUAUAACAUUUGAAGGAAUGGGCUAAGUAGAAACUUACUCCAUCUGAUACAACGGUGUAGCAACCAGAAACAAGCCAAUUAGAAAUAUUUACCCAGUAACAACACCAUUGACCCAAUACAGAGCUAAGCCAAUGCCAGAUCCUACUUCCAGGAUGGAUCCUUUUCUGACCACUUCUCAUCCUCCUCACCACUGCGUUCUGCUUUCAGUCGGGCUGUUGUAACUAGUUUAAAGCUGGCUUCCUUAUAGUUUAUUCCUCACAUGUCCACUGGGGUGCUCCUUCAGUCACAUUCUAGAAACCUUUCAGUGACUAUAUACACCCAUCACUUCCUCUUACUGCUCCUCUGGCCGUGCACCUGCCAUGUUGUCCUUAAACGGAAGCCUGCUUCUGUCCCAGGGCGUUUGCAUUUGCUGUACCUCCUGCCCCACUGUUUUCUCCCUCGUUCCUCUUGUUCAUUCGUUCAGGGCUCCGUUACUUCUUCCGAUAGGACUUCCCUAACUAAAGAGCUAUUGACCGCCAGUCACACUUUUGUCCUUUUACUCUGCUCUAUUUCUUUCUUGGCACUUACCAGCAACCUAAUGUAUUAGACGUCUAUACUUGAUUUUCAUUGUCUUCCCCAUUAGAAUGCAAGUUUCUCAGGGGUAGGGGCCCUAUCUGUUUUGUUCAUAGCUGUAUUGUUCACUGUUCUAUCCCUAGGAUCUUGUAUAUGCCUGGCACCUAGUAGCCCUCAGAUAUUAUAGGAAUGAAUCUAGUAAUAGCUUGCUCUCCACUAGUUAUUUUUUAUGUAAUGUUUAUUAAGUUAAUUGUUGAUGGGCCUAAUUUUUUAUGGUAGUAACUAGGUAAUGUACAUUCAUUUAAAUAUUUAAGCAUUCAUCUCAUUUGAAAGCAGGUCUUUGUUGCCUCUUGUGUGCUCUGAGAGGGAGAGCAGUGCCCAGCAGUGUGGUUUACACAUGUCGUGGAGCUCACAGUCUGGAUUUCCCCCGCACUGGUUGUGAACUCCAUUAGGGCAAACGCUUUGUUUUGUCCAGUACUGUAUCCCCAGUGCGUAGAAACAUUUCUGCUAUUAAAUAAGCAAGGUGUUUUUGAAUAGGAGUGUGUAACUGGAGGUCUUAAUCUCGGCUGAGGGCGUGACCCCUAGAGUGAGACCUAAGAGUAGGGGAUCUCUAGGCUCAGAGAGGGAGGGGCUCUUUCAGGCUGGGGAAGGAGCAAGGAGGAGACCCUGGAGGCAGGAAGGAGCUUAGCGAUUUCCAGGUUUUGAGAGAAGCCCAGUGGCUCGACCUGAGCCAGGAGAGGUGAACAGAGGACGGAUCAUUCAGGGUUCGUAGACCGUGGGAAGGACUUUUGGAUAUUAUUCUAAAGGCAGUGGGAGCUUUCCAAGGGUUUUCACUACAGGUCUGUCGGUGAAAUCUAACAUAACAGUUUCAAGAUAGAUUAAAAGGUAGAACUGAUAGGACCUGGCAAUGGCUGGGUGGAGGCGUACAUGGGAUGGCGCUCAGGGUUCUGUCUUGGGUGGAUGGGAGUGACAUCCACUGAAAUGGGGGCGUGAGCAGCCUGGUGAGAAGAUACGGAGUUCAGUUUUGAUCGUGAUAUUAGCAUCUGGUUAAACCAAGCACUUAAAGGAGUUCGGGAUCGCCACGGGAACUCAAUGGAAAAUGCUCAUCUUCUUACUUUGUUCCAUCGGCUCUGCAAACUCUUAUUUUUUCGAAUUCGCCCUGUUUUUGUGUUUGAUGGGGACGCUCCACUACUGAAGAAACAGACGCUGGCUAAAAGAAGGCAGAGAAAGGACUUGGCAACCACUGACUCCAAAAAAACUACCGAGAAGCUUUUGAAAACAUUUUUGAAAAGACAAGUUAUCAAAACUGCCUUAAAAAGCAAAAGGGAGGAAGCACUUCCCAGUCUUACUCAAGUUCAAAGAGAAGAUGACAUCUAUGUUUUGCCACCUUUACAAGAGGCAGAGAAAAAUAGUUCAGAAGAGGAGGAUGAAAAAGAAUGGCAAGAGAGAAUGAAUCAAAAACAGGCAUUACAGGAGGUGUUCUUUCAGAAUCCUCAUGCAGUAGAUAUUGAGUCUGAAGACUUUAGCAGCCUGCCCCCUGAAAUAAAGCAUGAAAUCUUGACUGAUAUGAAAGAAUUUACCAAGCGGAGAAGAACAUUAUUUGAAGCAAUGCCGGAGGAGUCCAAUGACUUUUCACAGUACCAGCUCAAAGGCUUGCUUAAAAAAAACUAUCUAAACCAACACAUAGAAAAUGUCCAAAAGGAAAUGAAUCAACAACAUUCAGGACAAAUCCAAAGGCAAUAUGAAGAUGAAGGAGGCUUUUUGAAGGAGGUAGAGUCAAGGAGGGUGGUCUCUGAAGAUACUUCACAUUACAUCUUGAUUAAAGGUAUUCAAGCGAAGAAAGUUGCAGAAGUGGAUUCAGAGUCUCUUCCUUCAUGCAGUGAAAUGCACAGCAGGUCUUCUGACUUGAAGUCAUCUCCGUGUGAAAAGCUGGAGCCAAAGGAAGAGCCUGACGCCUCCCCUCCUUCCCCGAGAACCUUACUGGCCGUGCAGGCGGCCCUGCUGGGCGGCAGCUCAGAAGAUGAGCCGGAGAGUGAGACCUGCAGGCUGCGCCAUGAGAGGCGACCACCCGCCAUCGCCCGUGCGGGUUCUGUGUCGCCGCUGACUCUCUUGGCCAUUCAGAGAGCUCUCGAUGACGAUGAUGAAGACAUGACAGUGCAUGCCAGGAGCGACGUGCGGACAGGAGGGGCAGGCGCGAGAAAACCGAAACCGCUCCAGAGCAGUUCUGAUGAGGAGACUGAGGCAGGACCUAAAAUGAGAGACGGGGAAGGAGCGCCGUUGGCAGCAGCGUCUCACGCAGCCAGUGUGAGCCUCGCAGAGGAGCCUGUGACCAGCGCUGAUGCCGAAAAAGAGCGGACAGAAUCGGCUCACUUACCGAGGACUGCCUUUUGUCAAGGCAGCGACUCUAGCGUGCCAAAAGAGCAGAUGCCGUCUAUUCCCCCGGUGAAGGAAGCCUUUCAGACAAGCGAUGAGGCUGCAGUUAAGGAUGGAAAAGACCCAGUUCCUUUGGAAAACACUGUGGUGCUACCCAGGGAUGCACCUGGGCUCCAGAGCGGACCAGAGCGGAUACCGACACCUCCGGCAAGUCCAAGUUCCGUGUCAAGGAGUGGAACGUAUACCAAAGUGCUUGAGCUACGGCAAGGUCUUCUUCUUCCACCUGAGAGUAAACAUGACACCUCUGUUCUUUCAAGUGAUGACGAAACAGAAUCUGAAAAAAACCCUGCUCCUGAAGGCACCGUCAGUUUGCAAGAAUCGAGUGAUACGCUAAGUGUCCCUUUAGAGACAAUAAGUGACUUAGGAAACGUGACAUCUGUUAAUGCCAAAGAGCAUGAGAAUUUCUUGAAAACCAUCCAAGAACAUGAGACCGUUGAAUCUGCAGGCCAGGGUUUAAUUUCAGUUCCAGCGUCCAUGGAACCAACGGAAACAGACUCUGAAGAAAGUGAAUCUGACGGAAGUUUCAUUGAAGUACAGAGUAUAAAUAGCAGUGAUGAACUUCAAGCUGAGUUACACGAAGCUUCCAGACCUCCCUCUGGACAAGGUGAAGAGGAACCAGUAGGAACUGAGAAGCAAGAAGCCACAGGUGACUCCCAGGGCCUCCCGAGAGACAACUCUGAGAGGGAGGCCGUGGACAUUGAGCCACCUGAAGAAACUGAAAAAGACGCAGACGACUUGCUCAACGAAUGGCAAGAUGUUGACCUGGAGGAGCUGGAGACGCUGGAGAGCAACCUUUUAACACAGCAGAAUUCACUGAAAGCUCAAAAACAGCAGCAAGAACGGGUCGCCGCUACUGUGACGGGACAGAUGUUCCAGGAAAGCCAGGAACUUCUUCGCCUGUUCGGCAUCCCCUACAUCGAGGCUCCCAUGGAAGCAGAAGCUCAGUGCGCCAUCCUGGAUCUGACUGAUCAAACUUCCGGAACGAUCACUGACGACAGUGACAUUUGGCUGUUCGGAGCACGGCAUGUCUAUAAAAACUUUUUUAAUAAAAACAAGUUUGUAGAAUAUUACCAGUAUGUGGACUUUCACAACCAAUUAGGAUUGGACCGGAACAAAUUAAUAAAUUUGGCCUAUUUGCUUGGAAGUGAUUAUACAGAAGGAAUACCAACUGUAGGUUGUGUUACAGCCAUGGAAAUUCUCAAUGAAUUCCCUGGACAUGGCCUGGAACCUCUCCUAAGAUUCUCCGAGUGGUGGCAUGAAGCUCAAAAGAAUAAGAAGAUAAGACCCAAUCCUUAUGACACCAAAGUGAAAAAAAAGUUACGCAAGUUGCAGCUCACGCCUGGCUUCCCUAACCUGGCCGUGGCGGACGCUUACCUCAAGCCUGUGGUGGAUGAGUCCAAGGGCUCGUUUCUGUGGGGCAAACCCGAUCUCGACAAGAUUAGAGAAUUUUGUCAGCGGUAUUUUGGCUGGAACAGGAUGAAGACAGAUGAAUCUCUGCUUCCUGUAUUAAAGCAACUGAAUGUCCAGCAGACGCAGCUCCGAAUUGAUUCUUUCUUUAGGUUAGCUCAACAGGAGAAACAGGAGGCUAAGGGUAUUAAGAGCCAGAGACUUAACAGAGCUGUGACAUGUAUGCUGAGAAAAGAAAGAGACGAAGCAGCCAGUGAAAUAGAAGCAGUCUCUGUUGCCAUGGAGAAAGACUCUGAGUUCCUCGAUGAGGCAAAAGGAAAAACCCAGAAGAGAGGCACAACCAACACAUGGAAAGAGUCAUCCAGCCCGAAAAGAAAGAGGCUUUCGGAUUCUAAACGGGGGCACGAAUGUGGUGGGUUUUUGGGGGAGGCCUACCUCUCGCAGUCAUCCGAUGCCUCUUCAGGUGGGGAUGAGGAAUAUUUCCCUGUAGCGAACGUGCAAAGGGGAAAAGCAGCCGUAGAGUCAACAGUCAGCUCUGCAGGUGCACAGAGCACAGCGCGGCCUGCUCCCCGGAGAGACGGAGGUGCCGCCACGAGCAGCUCCAGCGAUGACGGCGGGGAGAAGGCAGAGCCCGUCCUGGUCACCGCCAGGUCUGUGUUCGGGAAGAAAGAGGGGAAACGGAGAAGUACGACGAGAGGAAGGAAGAGGAAAAUCUAAAGACGCCUAAAUACACAUGUAUCCUCUCUAACUGGGUACAGCUUAACAUUUCGUCAUGAAUUUGUUGUGAGGAAAUAAUAAAAUUCAGAGUAUUUGCACAGUCUUUGUUGUGUGGUU